AAUAAUCUUAUUAUUUUAACUUUUAAAGUUCCUCAACAAUUCCGACAGUUUACGAUGAACUACGAUCUCGAGUUUCGGAAAAUUUAAAGGGCAAAAUGGCUAGCGAACGUGCUUUAUUUUUGUUAUUUUCCUUGGCAUAUUUUUUGUUAUUUUUAUUUGUGAUCGUGGUUGCUUUUGGGAUCUUAAAACUGAAACUUCAUUACAGAUUCCUCUUUAAACUGAAUGAGAAGUCGAAGCAUCAUGGUGGUGAACUAGUUGCCAAUGUUUUGCAGGCUCAUGGUGUAAAAUAUGUGUUUACACUAUGUGGUGGGCACAUUUCACCAAUACUAGUUGCGUGUGAAAAAUUGGGAAUUAGAAUUAUUGACACAAGGCAUGAGGUCACAGCUGUAUUCGCUGCCGAUGCUGUGGCACGGCUGUCAGGCGUGGUAGGUGUGGUAGCUGUUACAGCGGGUCCAGGUCUGACAAACACUGUCACUGCUGUUAAGAAUGCUCAAAUGGCUGAAUCACCUCUACUCUUGAUUGGUGGAGCUGCCGCUACAUUGUUGAAGGAUAGAGGAGCUCUUCAGGACAUCGAUCAAAUGUCCCUCUUCAGACCUCUUUGUAAAUAUUGCGUCACAAUAAAAAGAGUGCGCGACAUUCCCCGGCUUGUACGGAAAGCAAUGCAGAAGGCUCAAUCAGGAACGCCUGGGCCGGUUUUUGUUGAGUUUCCUAUCGAUACACUUUAUCCCUACCCUCUUGUGAAGAAAGAAGUUGGAUUAAAGGAAAAUCCUUCUGGAUUAGGACAAAAAAUUGUAAACUGGUACAUUGAGAAUCAUCUGUUUAGCCUCUUUGCCGGAGCAUGGGACCCACAACCAGUCGAACCAUUAUCCGUAUCUCUACCCCAAGCUUCGGACGGAGAGAUUGCCGCGGCCGUACAACUAGUUUCCAAGGCAAAGAAACCUCUGGUGAUACUCGGAAGUCAGUCUACUUUACCUCCCGUUCCUGCUGAAAAACUUAAAUCAGCUCUAGAGUCUUUAGGUAUCCCAUGUUUCCUUGGCGGAAUGUCGCGAGGCCUGCUGGGAAGAAGUAGUCCUAUUCACAUCAGACAACGACGUCGUGACGCUCUCAAGGAAGCGGAUGUCGUCAUCUUAGCUGGCACUGUCUGUGACUUCCGUCUUUCGUACGGGAGAGUUUUAAACAAACGGAGUAGAGUCGUGGCAGUUAACAGGAAUAAGGAACAGUUGUAUAAGAACUCGGACAUGUUUUGGAAGCCGACUUUAGCAAUUCAAGGUGAUCCUGCCUCGCUGGUGUUAUCCCUUAGUCAACAGUUGAAAGGUUACAAAUGUCCUGAAGAAUGGCCGCAAAUGUUGAAAGAAAGGGACGAACAGAAAGAAAAGGAGAACAGUGUAAAAGCAGAUGAAAUGGUGGACAAGCACUUGAAUCCCCUUAAGAUCCUACAUUGCCUUGAAGAGGUUAUGAGUGAGGACAGUGUGAUAGUUGCGGAUGGCGGAGACUUUGUUGGAUCUGCUGCAUACAUAUUGCGGCCUCGUGGUCCUUUACGAUGGUUGGAUCCGGGUGCAUUCGGUACCCUGGGUGUUGGUGGGGGGUUCGCCCUGGGUGCCAAAUUAUGUCGACCCGAGUCUGAAAUCUGGAUAAUCUAUGGUGAUGGUAGCUGUGGUUACAGUAUCGCUGAGUUUGAUACAUUUACAAGACACAGGUUGCCUGUGAUAGCUUUGGUUGGUAAUGAUGCUUGUUGGAGCCAGAUUGCUCGAGAGCAAGUGCCUAUGUUUGGAAGCAGUGUCGGCUGUGAUUUAUCGUUCACGGACUACAAUGUGGUUGCUGAGGGUUACGGCGGAAAAGGCCUUGCUCUGAAUGAGCAACAUUCCGCUGACAUUGCAAGUAUACUACAGAAGGCUCAGAUGCUGUCACGUGACGGUCACGCGGUUUUGAUAAAUGCCCUGAUUGGUAAAACUGACUUUCGAAAAGGAUCAAUCUCAGUUUGACCUCAAGUUUGACGCAAAAUAACGUUAAUUUUUUUCAAUUACUGUGCUAAUCAAACACGAGAGUACAUUCAAAGGUUGAAUUGAUUAUUUUGCCAAUUUUUAAUUGCAUAAAAAUGGUGCACACCAUUUCUGGACAAAAUUAAUUAUGUGAACUGAACGUUCGACUAACGAAUGAUCUUGAACUGGAAACUAGGAAGUUGAUGUCAGUGUGAAAAAUCCAGAUGUAAUUCAUAAUCAUAAUUGCUGAUAUUUUAGCCAGCGAUCAGGCUCAUAAUUUUCAACAUACGCACAAUUUUCAACUAUUACUCCUAAUGCAUUAUGACCUGCUCGCAGUCUAUUAACGGUAGAAGAUAAAUUGAUAAUAGAAUGAAAUUAAAGAAUAUC